CAGGCUAACUAAGGUCAUGUUUAUGUAGCAGUUAUUACCCAACAAAUUGGUGUUUGAUGUAGAAGACCUUGCAUUUUUGUCAUAAUUUUGCAUGAUGGACCACAAAAUUUGGAGUUUUAAUUGUUGACUACCAAACUUACAUUGAAAAUGAGUUGUUCGAAAGCAUGUACAUACUUCCUAAGCACUGGUCUUAUGACCCUCUUUGCGAUUGCUGGUAUUGUGUUCUCUAGCCUUGCAGGGUCAGGCAUCGGAAUUGAUCUUGGAAUAUUCCACAACACCAUUGGAAACUUGUCGCAUUUUUACCAACUCGAAGCAACUCCAGCCGAUUGGACAUUCUCCAUUUGGGGUUUCAUCUACUGUUUUGAGAUGCUCUGGAUUGUAUACGCAUUAUCGACAUUAUGUCGCUCGACCAAACAAGGCCCGGUCUAUUCAGUUGCACCUGUUCUACCACCUGGAUUCACGUCGCUGUACAGCAUCAACCAGGUGCUCAUGGUCGGUUGGUUGUUCCUCUGGGAUCGGAAAUACAUCAGCUAUUCUGGCUUAGAUUUGUUGUUUGUUUUUGUGACUGGCGCCCUCUGUCUUUGGAUUAAUUACAGACAAGUAGAUCAGUAUAAGUCAUACAUGCAACAAAACCUAAUGGGUGACUUAGUGGCUAACCGUCUUCUGGUUCAGAAUGGCAUUGCAAUGUACACCACCUGGACCCUCGUCGCAACCCUUAUUAAUGGCGCCGUUGUUUUGAAGUAUGAAGCGAUGGUGGAUGGCGAGUUGGCAUCCACAAUAAUGUAUAUCGUGAUCAUAUUAGUAGCUACUUUGUACUUUUCGCUAGACAUGUCAGUCUGGGAAAAAUACACUCGCUAUACCCUAACACCCUACAUCGUCGUGAUUGUUGCCAGUCUUGGAAGCCUCAAUUUCGAUUUUGACCUUGACACCACUUUGUCCAUUUGUGAGUUUGUAGCUCUUAUCCUGGGUUGCGUCUUCCUGAUCGGUAAACUCAUCCGUACAUGCUUUAGUGCAACAUGUUAGUUCUAAUAGGAUGAUUAAACCACCUACCUGUAAACACAAUUUUUUUUACUUAUUUUGCAAAUACUUUUCGACAUUUUCGUUUCAUAUGUCUGUAAAUGGUCUGUUUUGGUAAACUCCAGAUUGGAUUUCGUUUUUUGUAAAGUUUAAGGAGCAUUUUUAUUUACUAUAUUUCAACCUGUAAAGAAAAUAUGUAGACUUCAGGGAAAAGUUUGAGUUCAUUUAACUAAAGUAAAUUAUUAUUAUUUUGUGAAGAAUUGCUAUUUUAUUCAUUUGGUAACUCCGAAGAAUGACAACCUGUGAUUCCAUAAUUUAUUCUGUUUUGUUCUUUAUUUGAACAUUUUCAAGAAGAACGCAACAUAGAAUGAAUUAUGGCCUCACGGUUGUCAUUCUUUGGAGUUACCAUACCAUAUUUUUUUUGCUAAUAAUAAAUACUGUAUCCUUUGGUUUUUGUAUUGUAUUAUCUCAAAGAGUAUAAAUAGAACUGCAUUGGAAACCACCUUUGGGACUUAAAAAUGUGGGUAGUGCACUGUAUACUCAUUGAUUAUAUGCAUUAUAUGUUUUAUUUAGUGAUCAUUAAAUAUUGCACAUAGUAUUUUUGUUAUAAUAAUUUGUAUUUUGACAAUAGAUGAUACUUCAAAGUGAGAUUUAUAGAAAUGUAAUAAAUAUUAUCCUAUUACGAAUUAUAAUAUUAAAUUAAUAUCUAACAUUGUCAUCAUGUAUUUAUUCUUUUUUAUUUUCAUUAUGUAUUUUUGUGUGUAUAUAUUUUCCUUGCAUGAAUAAUCUACAAAAGUAUUAUGUAUUUAUGUUUUCUCCUACAAUUUUAAAUCGUAUAAGUUCAAAUAGUUUGUUCAAACGUAUAAGUUCGGAACAAAAUGAUUCUAUUAUUUUUUUCUGUUGUAGCAUUGCAUAUGUAAACUCAGGUGUUAAUAUCAGAGAGAAACUAUAAUUAUAUUAGUACAACACUUAAGAUAACAUGAAGUUCAUUAUAAUAAAUAGUGCUGAAAAAGAAUA